AUGUCCGUCUCUGCAGAAUUAGCCAGGGUCCGUCUCGAGCCCAGGCGUGAUCAAGAUGAUAGGUCAGAUGACAGCAGUAUCGCUGAAAGUGAAGAUGAGAGUGUGCCAUCAGCGGAUGAUAACGAAGGAGAUUACGAUGUUGAUGCUAUCAAGUGGGCUAGAUACAAGACUCGAGAUGAUGCGGGCACGCGAUGGUAUUACGGUGUGAUUUGGAAUGGAUAUCUAAAGACUGGGUCUGAGACUGAGGAGCCUAUCUCCUCAUUUACCGUUACUCCAGGUCAACCAAAUCUUAUCCGAGAGUUCUGGCAAGCCAUCGGUAAAACGACUGGACGUGGAAGACGAGAACCGGAAGGUCGAAUGAAUGAGUUUUACGAGACUCCGCCUGAAUGUCUAAAGAGAUGGUUUCACGAGAACAGAACCAGGAAGAACGGUCUCAAUUACAAGAGGAAUUACGAGACGUACAAGCGUCGAAGAGCUAAGGAGUUGAAAAGGGAACAGUUGGAGAAAGAGGGUAAAGAGAUACCCAGCGAUCUGUGGACUAAGAAGGCGGAUUCAGAUUACUACCUCUUCAAGAGACAGUUAAGGGCAAGACGUCGUCAACAGCGGGCUACUGGAGCGGUCAAUGGAGAUCGACCUACCACCUCUGCUCGUAGUUCUCGCUCUAUCACUCCUGCAACCUCGCGAGCCUCUACCACUCGUCCGCGAACGGCUCCUUACCAUGCUACUGCUACUUCUACUGCCCCUGCCCCUGCUCCUCCAGCUACCACUUCCUCCGGUAACGCCGUCGUAUCUCUUGGCUCACCAGCAUCGGAAUUUGGAUCUGAAUUCAACUCUGAUCGCGAAGGUGUCGAAGAAGAGCUCCGAGCUGAGUCCUCAGACAACGAUGAUCAACCUCCUAAAGCUUCAUCGUCAAAAAGAAAAGCUCCUUUUGAGUCUCCAGUAGGCAGUACUUCCACUUCGCAAGCCAACCAUCAAGUGAAGAAAGCAAGGACGGAAGAAACAACUUCUCGACUUGCCAAGGUCGGCAAGAUUGCCAAACGAGUCUUAUCCCCUCCUCCAUCUGCUUCUGAGGUCACCUUCGGUGCUUUGCAAGAUGGUAUAUUCGAGUUGAACCCUGGUGCUUCUACUUCUUCAUCUGGACCUUCCUCCUCGACUGCGCCUGUCUCGGCCGUCCCAGCACCCAUGCCUACUAUUCAAGCGACUUCGGCUGUCGACUCACCUGCUCUGACAGCAAGAAGCAUCAACAAUCCAGCUUCGACCUCAUCUGCACCUAUUGCACCGCCCCCGCAACCCAUAAGCGCAAUAAAGGCUGCAUUAUUGCGACUUGAGGCUGAAAAAGCUGAAGUACCCAGGAAAGCCUCUAUGACCGCCUCUAUCGCUCAAGCCGUAUCUUCCAGUCCCAUUGUUCCUCAGGAGAAGCCUUCUUCGCCCACUCUUGAUCGGACCUCGGCUUCUGCACAAACCACACCUCCCCUCACAUCUGUCAAUCAACCCGCACCUGCACCCAAGUCAGCCGCAUUGCCUCACAAACCACUUACACCAUCGGCAAGUUCGUCGGGUCCGGUUCCAAAUUUCAAUCCUAAACCUGUUGCAGGAUCUUCCAAGGCUCGGCUACCUCUGCCUGAGAAACCCAAGUACGUCCAACCAAAGAAGAUUCAGGUGAUAGACGACGUAGUCGAUCCUCGAGCUGGCCGUCAGGCGAAAACGAAUGUCGAUGAUGGUGGCAGACAUCGACCGCCCCCGCUGAACAACACUGCGCCUCAACGUUCUUCUGCUUUCGUGCCUCGUACAGCUAAUCAGAAUCAGCAGAAUGCCAAUCAUCAAAACCAAUCCUUGAAUGGUGCCAGUGUCAGAUCACCAAUUGUCGAUCAAUCGCCCACGCUCUCGAACAUCACUCAAAGCGCUCUCCCCACCCCUGCUACAACACCCAUACAAGGCACUAAAGACUCAGCACCCAUCAAUUUCCCCCUCAAUCCCAUUGAUGGGCAAGGUGGCUUGGUUACGUUUUCACCUCAAUUGAUUUUACGUUCGCCCGGUAAAUUCGUUAACGUUAUGAAAUUCUGCAUGACAAAUCCUCACUGGGCUGCAUACUUCACACCAGCAGCCAUGGAGUUCAUCAACAGUGGUUGGUCGAAUCGCCAGUUAUGUCCAGAUGCUACUCAAGCUUUCUCAGUGCUCGUCCAAUUCCUCCCUCUCGAUGGCCUAUUGCGUGACCUUGCCGGAGCAGGUAUCACCUCAGGUGGAGGUCUUAGCAUCAGUUGCUGUCCACCCAACCCUUACCAAGCUGAUGACUGUAUCAAAUGGAAGACCUGGUUACACGAUGUAUGCGCUACUACCGAUUAUCAAGAACUUGUCACUCUCUGCGAGAAAUACAACCAGAAGCUCGGUCCGACUUUCCCAAUGGUCAUCAAAGAAGCAGAUUUGGGGAAGAUCGAAUUAUUGCAAAUUGACGAUAUGAAAAAUAUCAAAGCUCGACACCUUACGGAUCAUACACGAUUCGUCUAUGUCACUCCUGAAAGGAAACCCAGUCCAACGGAAGCAGUUGAGUAUAUAUCAGUCGACGAUUUCAUCAAUCUCUUAGCAAGUGGAGAUUAA